CAAGGAAGGAGGCAACAUGCAGAUCGAACGGGUUGUAUGAGGCUUUGAAAAUGAAAAUGCUUCAGCGCUGGGGAGAAAUGGGCUAGGCAGACACCUGCAAGCAAGAAUUGUGCCUCAUUUUAUUGUUAUCUUCUGAGUCAUACCAAGCCUUCGUGAUGGUAACUUGUUCGGAAAUACCGUAGUCACCAGCUGCACCAUUACUGUGUUGCACAACAUCACAGCAUAACGGAUUUACAAGCAAUUGCUAAAGGUUCUGCACAGUCAGCACUAUGACUGAUGGUGACUAUGAUUACCUCAUCAAGCUCCUAGCUCUUGGGGACUCUGGAGUGGGGAAGACCACCUUCCUCUACAGGUAUACAGACAACAAGUUCAACCCCAAGUUCAUCACCACAGUGGGAAUAGACUUUAGGGAAAAGAGAGUGGUAUACACGGCAACCAACUCCAAUGGGACCACAGGGAAGACUUUCAAAGUGCACCUUCAGCUCUGGGACACGGCGGGGCAGGAGAGAUUCCGGAGUCUCACGACGGCCUUCUUCAGAGAUGCCAUGGGCUUCCUGCUUAUGUUCGAUCUCACCAGUCAACAGAGCUUUCUGAAUGUCAGGAACUGGAUGAGUCAGCUCCAGGCCAAUGCGUACUGUGAAAAUCCAGACAUAGUAUUAGUCGGCAACAAGGCGGACCUGGCAGAUCAGAGAGAAGUACAAGAGAAGCAAGCCAAGGAGCUAGCGGACAAGUACGGGAUCCCGUACUUCGAGACGAGCGCGGCCACGGGUUCUGAAGUGGACAAAGCGGUGAUCACGCUCCUGGACCUGGUGAUGAAGCGCAUGGAGCAGUGUGUGGACAAGCCCGCCCAGGAGGCGCCGAACGGGGACGGAGCCAGCAAGCUGGCGGCUCCCCCGCCCAGCGAGAAAAAGUGUGCAUGCUAGGCUGAAUCUACACACACCCCCUCACC